AUGAAGGUGAAGUAUGCGACACAAGUCCUUAGUAAUACCACGGCAUCUUCAAUUGUGAUGUAUGUCUCGCUUGGUCUCUUUCCUGCAGUGGCUGCUGGGACAGCUAAGUUGCUUUCAAAGUUGGACGACAUAUUUGAUUGUCUCAACAGUUCUUCAUUCAAUACUGCAAAAAUGUUUAAGAAGCCACAUUUACUGAAGAUUCUCCUCAUCACUCCUUUCUGGAUGAGAUGCUAAAAUUCAUUCCUACCAUACUCUGUCAUUAGUCAUACUCUGAACACUGACUUAAAAGUCAUUAUACACAUAAUUUUCUUUUGUGUAUUCAUUAUCUUUUGAAUUCUUGUUUUAUAUGUAUUACCCCAUUAGGUUCCCAUAAAUCAGAUAUGAAUAGACCAGUGCAUAAAAAACUAGCUUUAGAGUAUUAAUUAAUAUUUAAAUAUGUUAGUCACAGCGAACAUGUAUUUCAAAUCAUACAUUAACUCAAAAUUGUCAUUUUUUGUGUUUGCAGGGUUAGAUGGACGCGUUAUUCGGCUUGACUAUGUAAGGGAUCCCAAAUUUAAUAAGGACAACGAAAAAGAAUUGUUAUGCCUGGAAAAUUUUGCUGACAUUAACCGGGUAAUGUACUAAAGUAGUGUACACAUUUGCAUAUUACUAAGUACUAACACACAUACGAAGUAACACAAGUGUAAACUGUAGGCAUGUAAAUCUUUUGCAAAUACAUGCAUAUUUUGCUCUUGGGGGAGGGGGUAAAUCAGCAAAAUAAGACGGCAAAAUAAAAAUGACGUACCGAAAUGAAAACCUAAAUCAGUAACAUUUAAAAGAAAUGAAAUGAUUUAAUGUGAACAUAAGAAAAUAUGGUCCAUGUGUAUGUUGUUCACAUUAGGCUGCAUUUUACACUGCACCUGAAUUUAUGUUUACACUGUUCAGAAUGCCCUGGCUACUAUAAACUAUGAUUAUAUGAUAAAAUAAAAUGAAAACUGUGAAUAGUGUAAAAUUUGUACACAAUUCCCAAACAUUACUCCUGAACUGCCAGUGCUGAUCUUGUGAUAAAAGAAUCCGGGUACAGUGUCUCAAAUUAAUGUCAUUUAACCUUAUUUAAAUUUAGGAUUUUUUAUUAGUGUGGAUUAUGCGCUACGAUAAUGUAUGUGCAGAAUUUGAUGCCGAUGUAAUUGAAAAAUGCAUGAGUGAACUUGUCCCCAAUCAGCAAAGGAGAUGGUAUAAGGGGGGUGUCAAGCUUAUGAUGCUGGUUUAUGUUGUGGUAAGAUUUUUUUAAUAUUUAAACAGUCUUUUUCAUCGAACAAUAAUUUCCCUUUAUGCAGUAAAUUAAACGUUUGUUAACAGAUGCCUAUUUAAAAUUAAUGUUGAAAUAAUUUCUUUAUAGAAAAUUGACCAUACGAAAUCAACUUGCAUUUUACAAAUCGUAUUUAGUCUUAUGCAUAUGGCAUAUACUGUAUAUAUAGCAUAUUUACAACAUUUUUUAUCCUUUUUUAUAGUUUCAUGUCACUGCAAAACUUGAUCCAAACUUACUGGGAAUAUUAAAAUUUGUUUCGACUACUCUACCCGACUUGAAUCAACUACCGUUAUGGGCGAGGUUACAAGGGCAAAUUGAACGAAGGAGACACAAGUUAUACUAUUUCAAAGUGUUUCAUGUGCUUAAAAAUAAUAAAUUAGAUUACCAUAUUACCUGUUUAAUUGCUGUUAACAGAAAUAUAAUGUUAUAA